GCCCAUGACCGCAAAUAACCUCAUCCUCAACAAAUACUCCAUCACCACCAUCCUUUCUUCUCUCUGCCUCACAGACACAAGAAAUGGCACUUUGUCUGACUAACACUUUCCUCCAAACCAAACCAAUCUCCCCUCCUCUGCCACCCAUCAAAAAGGUGAAGGUGAGUGCGGCAGGGAAUCACGGGCUGCAAGUGACGUGCAGGAAGAAAGACAUACACCCAGAGUUCUAUCAAGACGCCAAGGUGUAUUGCAAUGGAGAGCUAGUGUUGACAACAGGUGGGACCAAGCAAGAGUACGUGGUGGAUGUGUGGUCAGGCAACCAUCCGUUUUACCUCGGAAACCGGUCCGGUGUUCUCGUAGAUGCUGACCAGGUGGAGAAGUUCCGUAAGAAAUACGGAGGACUCUCGCAGAUUAUGGAAAUUCCUGUACUUAAAGGUGAGGUUAUUUUGCCUACCAGGAAAAAAUCUUCUACUGGUAAGGGGGGCAAGAAGAAGUAGAGACCAUAAGGUAUGGAUAGUCGUUUGAAGUGAUUUGGGGGCUUUGGUUUGGUUUGUCUGUUAAUUGUAAAAUGAUGCAUACCUGUUUGAUGAAAUGCCUAUUUUUUGUUGUUAAAAAGUGAAUCUUUUGUGGGCUUAUAUGAUGCUGCAAUGCCUUGUGUUUA